UCAACCGUGCUUGAGUCGAAGCGUUUUAAUUGCAGACCAGCAAUUUUUACAAGGAUAGGCUACAAAAACUGUUUUGGUUCGAUUAAAUUGAAACAGAACAGAAUGCCGAUGAACAUUAACUAGAUUCGCUUUAAUUAGGCUACAUUUCAUGGUGAACAGUCUUUGCUAGCGUAUUAAAAUGCUAAGAGUAGUAGGCUAGUCUUAGGUUUUACCCGAGUGGAGAUUCGUUCAGUUUUAUAUCGGAAACUCGAUUCAGUAAAACCUGGAGUAUCAAAUUGCAACAAUCCCUGACCGGCAAUUGCAAUAACGUUACGCAAGAUUCACGACCGUUGGUCAGUCAAGCAGUAUUAAAACACUGGGUUGUAGUUUGGCCAUUUAAUCGAGGAAUUGUUAACCUUGUCUGGGUAGUGAAGUUACUUGUCAUUGCCUGACAUGCCAGCUCGCAAGAGAAAAUCAGCCUCAGUUGAACACAAGACUGACACACAGUCGACAGUAUUAAAACGUGGGAGGCAGUCUGUGGACAAGUCAAACGGGGCCGAUGCUGAACAUAAUUUUAAGAGUCAGUACUUUUCAUGUGAAAGUAAUGGUCUCAAACUGGGACAAGAGUUUUUCAACCAGCCCUGUGUCUGCUUAGCCAAAGCCCUUAUUGGCAAGCUAACCCACAUAGCCAUCAUAGUGAACACACAGCAGGUGCUGGUGAGGCGCUGUGCUAAUGGGGAGGAGCUGAGGGGAAGAGUGGUUGAAACUGAAGCUUACCUGGGGGGUGAGGACAAGGCCUCCCACUCGGCUGGCGGGAAGCGCACGGAGCGCAACCUGGCCAUGUUCAUGAAACCUGGCACCAUCUAUGUCUACCCAAUCUAUGGCAUCUACCUCUGCAUGAACAUCUCCAGUCAGGGGGAGGGAGCAGCAGUGCUGCUGCGCGCACUGGAGCCCUUGCAGGGCCACACAGUGAUGAGGCAACUUCGAGGGGCCCGCAGGCGGGAGGGCUCGCGGAGCCUCAAGGACAAGGAGCUCUGCAACGGGCCCUCCAAACUGUGCCAGGCCCUAGACGUGCCCCGGGCCUUUGACCGCAGGGACCUGGCAGACGACGCCGAGGUGUGGCUGGAGACGGACCCUGGGGAGAUACCACUGCAGGAGGGCGAGGUGGUGACCUCCACACGCAUUGGCAUCGAGUCCCACGGGGAGUGGGCGGCCAAGCCGCUCCGUUUCUACCUGCGCGGACAUCCCUGCGUCAGCGUUUUGGACAAGAGGGCAGAGGAGCCUGGUCAACAGACUUCUGUAGAACUGACCACAAUCUCUGAGAAGUCCAUUUCUGAGUAAUAAUUAAAUUAUUUGUCCCUCCUUCA